AUGAGGUGCCAAAACCCCUUCGCUUUCCGGCCAGGUCCGGUGUCUUUCUGGACCACCGCCAUCUACCUAGCAAUUGCCAUCCCGCUCAUCUACGUCCACGAAACGGUUCCUCCAGCUCCUACGAAUCGCUCCCUGUACCGCGGCCUCAACUUGACUGAGGCCUUCCUUGAUCUGCAGAAUAUCACCCACGCCUUCCACCCAUACAACAGCCACAACAAUGACGACGUUCGCGAGUUUCUCAUGGUGCGAUCCAAGGAGAUUCUUGAUCGAAAUGGCAUGCCAUACAAGACUGAUCUAUCCGGUGGGGUGGCUUGGCAUGAGAAGAUGGCUAGUUUCGAGACUACUCGUUUGAACCACCCCAGCGACAUGAACGAGAUCAUCGCCGGAACACGGCCACCUGGCGCUACCCUCUUUGACGACCAAAUUUCGAACGUCACAUGGACCUACAAUAGUUACAAGAGAGUAGGUGCUAACUUUGGCAAGCCGAUUUGGGGAGGCCAGUACUUUGAAGGAAACAACUUUUACAUCUACAUCCACGGAAAAAACGAUCCGGAGGGUGACUGGUGGCAAAACCCAUCGAGUAAGCCGUUUCACGGUCCGGGCGGCGUCCUUGUGAACUGCCACUUUGAUUCUGUUUCCACCGGCUACGGAGCCACCGAUGACGGCAUGGGGUGUGUCUCAUUACUUCAACUUCUCAGCUACUUUACCUCCAAGGACCAUCAACCAACAAAUGGCAUCAUCCUGCUGUUCAACAAUGCUGAAGAGGAUGGCCUUCUGGGAGCUCGGGCAUUCGGCUACAGUCCCUUGUUACAGUUUGUUCACACAUUCGUCAAUCUCGAGGGCGCUGGAGCUGGUGGUCGCGCCAUUCUCUUCCGAACCACUGACCUGGAGGCUGCCAAGGCUUACUCGGGAAGCCCUCACCCUUUCGGCUCUGUUGUCGCUGCUAACGCCUUCAGUGCGGGCGUUAUUAAAAGCGGAACAGACUUUGAGAUUUGGGAUGAUUCGUAUGGGCAACGUGGAUUAGACAUCGCGUUCUACUCCCCCCGGGCUCGGUACCAUACCGAUCAAGACGACGCUCGACACACCUCUGUUAACAGCAUCUGGCACAUGCUUUCGGCCGCCCUCGCCUCAACGGAGAAAUUUUCCCAAAUCACCGGCACCCAGUUCAAUGGCGUUCGGUCAGACCAUGACCCCAACAAGGUCUACAACGGGAAGCAGGUUCAGGGCGUCUGGUUUGACCUCUUUGGCAGUGCUUGGGCUGCAUUCGCACUUAGAGGGUUGUUUGCUUGGUCACUGACCCUUCUCGUUGCCACACCCCUGAUCCUUGUUCUCAUCACUUACCUGUUGAUUCGGAAAGACAAGUAUUAUUUCUUUGCUAGAGACAUCAAGAUGCACCACGACAUUAACGACGAUCCGGUUGUACUUGGUGGUUGGAAGGGCUUCUUCCGCUUUCCGUUGGCAUUUGUCUUUGCUGCCGGUCUAACCAUUGCCUCCGUCUUCCUCCUAGCCAAGUUCAACCCCCUCAUUAUUUACAGCAGUUCAUAUGCAGUGUUUUCUAUGACACUGUCUCUCUUCUAUUUCUCCUUCUGGUUGAUCAUGCGCGGGGCCAGUUUCGUUCGCCCCAGCGCUCUUCAUCGCGGAUUUGUUAUAUUCUGGCUCUUCGUCAUCGGCUGGGCGGUGCAGGUGCUUGGAGCAGUGGCAGAGGACCGCUGGAACAUGGGUGCCCUCUACAGUUUUGCCUUCCUUCAGUCUUCCAUCUUUCUUGCUCUGGUCAUUUCUUUACUAGAGCAAUUUGCCCUGCUCGGGAAACACGACUUUGCCCUUCAACUUCACGAUGCGCACCAAGCACGGGAUGUGUCAAGUCAUGCUGUCGAGCGUGGCCGGGCUAGAGAGAACAGCGAAACCGCCAAUACCGACGACGCCGACAGCUCAGCAGAGACUCCAACCGAGAGAACGCCGCUUAGGGCUAGUGAACCGGGUUACGGGUCCAACACUCAGACCUCAUUUGCGAACACCUACAGAAGAUCCGUUGCCGAGAACUCGCCUGCCCCGCCUAGAAUGCGGCAAUACCAACCUUUUGACCAUGAGCAGUCGUGGUCUGGGCGUCUUCCUUCUUGGACCUGGAUUCUCCAGUUCCUUCUCCUGGCCCCAAUUCCCUGUAUGCUUCUUGGGAACUUGGGCCUCAUUGCAAUGUCAGCUCUUCAAAUGACAGGCACUGAUGGCGGUUCGCUUUCAACGCCCUUGAUUGCCUUGGGCUCAAUGAGCAUACUCCUCCUACUCCCAAUCACACCCUUUAUUCACCGCAUUACACAUCAUGUUCCAAUGUUUCUCUUGUGUGUUUUUAUCGGUACCUUCAUAUACAACCUUGCUGCCUUCCCGUUCUCAGACAGUCACCGUUUCAAGUUCUAUUUUCAACAAGUCUUAGAUCUUGAUAGCGGAACCAACAUUGUCACGAUCAGCGGGCUAGAGGAAUUCUCCCGAGAUGUCAUUAAGGCACUUCCAGUUGCAUCCAGCCAAGAAAUCGACUGCGGGCCAACCCCGGACCGAGCGCUUCAGGACUGCCGUUAUGAUGCAUCAGCUCUGCCCCCCAACCUAGUCGAGGGCAAGAGCAUUGAGGAGCUGAUCACUUUCAAGCCCCUGCCAGCUACUGCACCUGGCACUGCGCGGUUUCAAGUCGACGCUCUUGACACGAGAAUUUGCUACAUCACAACGUCAGAACCUUUCCAGGGUUUUGCCGUAGAUGGUGCACCGUCGAAAGAUCCACGGUUCGGGAAUCCCGCCACAGAUGGACUUCAAGACAUUCAGCUGUGGCGCCGAAACCGAGCCCUGCCAUGGAACAUAACUUUAAACACAAGGGGCAGCGCCGACUCAAUCGUGACAGACGCUGACAACUCAGAAGCUCCAGAGGAAGUUCAAGACUCGGAGGUGCUCGGGGAUGGAGAUUUGAAGGCCCGAUCAGUGGCGGGGCCAUCUGGGCUGGUGCCGCGAGCUACUCCGUGGGGUGUUCGAGUCUCGUGUGCCUGGAGUGAUGCCAAUACACCAGGGUCAAUUCCAGCAUUCGAUGAAUUGGCCAAGUACAUGCCUACGUGGGCUACUGUUACUAAGAAGAACGUUGGCCUUGUUGAAGUGCGCAAAACGUUUACGUUGCAAGUCUGA